GAUGACUCGCGCGGUACUCUCGUGGUACAAAAUGAUUAUCAGGCCUCGGUCGUCGCGGUGACGUCGCGUAAGCGAUCGUGGGACGGCGAUGGGACUUUUACUUGGGGCGCGAAAAGCGCUGAAAAGCCUUUCCCGUGAGAGAGAAAGACGGAGAGAAAGGAACGGGGGAACGGUGAAGCAAGGCGAGCCGGUGAUCGCGUAGUGGGACCGACAAAGUUACCUGGAUCGACAGCGGAUACUUUUCUCAGCAGUAACCACCAAGACACCAUGACAACACGAUCACUCGCAUCGACCCCGACGCGGCCGCCGUCGUCAGCCGUCGGCCUGAUCGCGCUUCUUCUUAUCACGGUAGCACAAAUAUGCAGCGGAGCGUACUAUGGGAAACUGAUCGGUAAGCUCUCCGAGUUUCAUCAUGGCGUGAGCGGCGAGGUUUAUGCCGUCGACGCAAGGACGCUGUUCAUCAAGGAUUUCACAUACGACGGCGAAGGUCCAGCUGCCUUCUUUUACGCUGGAAGCAGCAAGGGUCCAGGCAUCAAUGGAUUCCGGGUGCGAGACGAACAUGGAACCACGAACGUCCUUAAACGGUACCGUAAGAAGGACAUCACGCUGACCUUACCGGACGGCAAGACCUUGAACAACAUCAAAUGGUUUUCAGUUUGGUGCGACGAAUUCUCAGUGAAUUUUGGUGACGUCAGGAUACCGCGAGGCUUCGAUUAUCCGAAACCUCAGAAGUUGAAGGCAUUAAGCGGCAUCCACGGAGUCAGUUCGGACCCAGUUGUCGUCGUGGAUGCUCAAACUCUUCUGAUACCUAAUUUCAGUUAUGAUGGGGAAGCACCUGAUGCCAAGUUCUGGGUGGGCGCUGGUCCCAACCCCUCGCCGCAGGGUAUUCGAGUGCCCGACGAGAACGGGAAGGAGCAGCCAUUGCGUCGUUACAAUCACAAAACAAUCGUCCUGACGUUACCGGGCGACCUGACCGUUCACCAGCUCGGUCACUUCGGAGUGUGGUGCGAGGCCUUCACCGUGGAUUUCGGCCACGUGCAAAUUCCGCAUGGUCUCAACGUACCACCGUCUCUGAAAAUGCUGGGGGUUUCGCCGCAGUCGAAACUUAACUGCGAAGUUCUCGAGGACAGCUUAGCUUUCGAGGUGCGAUGGGCCGUGGCCGGAGACAGCAUUGUCGUCCAGCUCGUCGCGAAACUAGAUGCCGGGCAGUACAUGUCCUUCGGAUUAUCCGCGGACACGGAGACGAGCACGAUGGUCGGCGGAGACGUCACUGUGGCCUGGGUCGACAAGCAGACCCUCCAAGGAUACGCCGUCGACUACUUCCUGGACGCGAAGUCUCAGUGUUCGGGACGUCGUGGCAAUUGUCCAGACAGGCGCAUACAGGAGAACACGGACUCGGUGCGGCUGUUGAACGCGGCGAUGGUGAACGGCUACAGCAUCGUUACGUAUCAGAGGCCGCUGAAGGCCAGCGACGAGUUGGAUCGGCCGAUAUUUACGAAUAGAUCGCAGGCCAUAAUCUGGGCCAUCGGGCCGUUAAACGAGCGGCAGGAGGUCAGUUUUCAUAGCCACUAUCUAAAGACCGACCGGUUCAUAGAGUUCGGCAGACCGCCCGCGUGGAAUUGCCCGAUGCCGGAUCAGGAGCAGGCUCCUUCCGAAGAUGACGAGGCAGGAAACAAAAAUCAGCAGCCGACAACGAAAAGGCCGCACCGUAUGCCGGCGACUCCUGCACCCGCUCCUACGACCGACGCUUGGGAGAUACCAGCGAUUGAGUGUAACGAGCCAGACGAUGGGGUUUUCUAUGCGCAAAUGGGACCCACCGGAGGAAAACAUGGCUACUCGGCUAUUACCGGUCACGUCGGCUGGGGGAUCUCCUGGUACAUCAAUGGAUUAUUGAUACCCGUAAUCAAUGUGGUGCGAGGUAGGACAUACAAUUUCGUCAUCGAGGCCGGCUCGGACGCUGAUAUCCCGGCGCGCUAUCAUCCAUUCUACAUCACGGACGAUCCAAUAGGCGGCUAUCAGCACAAGACAGCCGAGGAGAAAGCGAAGGUAAAGAUAUUCGCCGGGGUGAAUCGACAACGAGGGAAGGUCAUCCCCACAGGCGUGGGUCGUUUCUGUUUCUGGGCGCCGGAUCAGAACCUUAACGCGGACGAUUUCGCGACGUUUGGGGGCUAUCAGCGCACUCUGACCCUCGAGUGCGACCCUGGCACGCCUGGCGUUGUACAGUGGACACCUGACGAAAACACCCCCGACACAGUGUAUUAUCAGUGCUUCUCGCAUCGUUACCUAGGCUGGAAGAUCAACGUCCUCGACAGCUGCAAUGUCACCGAGACGUCGGCGGCGGCCAGUGAGAAGCACGAGGUGUACGCGAAGCCGGGCGGAGAUCGUGGCCAGGAUCUGGAGUACGGCGCCAGCAUUGUACCGAGCAAGGUAACGCCAACGGCGGAGUUCCUUCAUCAACAGCAUGUUCAUCAUUCUCAUGGCGAAUACGGUCACCGUUAUCCUCACCAUCAUUCGGCAACUAACAGCAAGCUAAGCGUCUCGCAUCCGCAGCUACUAACGAAUGCCAAUAACAAUUACGAUCGCUUGCAAUCAUCAUCAUCAUCAUCAUCAUUGUCCGAGAACGCGUACGGGGCACGUCCUAAGGACGCGUAUCGCGCUGACGAGGAACAACCGCAUCAACAGUCGAAGAAGCAGCAGCAACAGGAGAAACAGCAACAUCUGUCGAGCGCGACCGCUCACGAACAGUCAUCAUCUCUUCGCACCGGGACUCAUCUCACGGAGCUCGCGCGGGAGAUUCAACAUACCGCCACUAACCAGGAAUUGUCUAACCUCAUUGCAGAUCACCAGCGACCGUCACUGAAUCAUGGGACCAGGUUGCCCUACGUAACGGCGGUCGACGACACCCAGCUACCGUUCUCCCGAGCGCCGCAUCAUUACGCGAGCAAUUACCAUCACUACGUCCGUCAUCAGCUUCCUCCGCCUCCCCAUCGUUAUUACCGUCAGCCCGAACCGCCGAGGACCCAACUGAUGAUCAUCCGCCGUCCGGUGACAUUAACGCGUCAUCCGACCAUGUUGCAGACAUUACAGCAGGCUGCCAAUAUGAUAACCACAGGCGCGCUCUCGUUGCCGUUCCCGUUCUCGUUAACGUCGCCGUCGCCCUCACCGCGGCCGAUCCUCAUCGAGCGCAAGAAGUCCGUCGUCUAUCGGCCCGUCACAGUGACAACGUUGAAGACGACGCCGAGAACGACAGUUGACAAGAUCAUGUCGCCGCCCGAAAGAUUCCUGGCGAAGAUCGACGCGAAGCAACGCACCAAGUUCGAGGCGAAGGUAGGAUCGGGGUCGGAUGUCUCCGAGAAUCGCCUGGGUCCCUCCUCCUCGUGGAAGCUUCUGAAACCCGCGCGCAACACCGGCUUCAAUCCCGACUCCAUCGUCAUCGAGAGCGGCUUCAAGCCGAUUAUCAGAAACGUUGUCGAUAGAACGCCCGAUGUCGCGCAGAAGAGACUGUCGGUCACAUCAGGAUCGUGGCAGGAUGGGGGACACAGAAAGAACGGGGAUUAUCGCACGAUCGACGAGUUCUCACCGGUCUUCGUGCCGUCGCUGCCAGUGACGACAUCCGCGGUUGACAACAGCAGGAAGCGAAAAAAGAAGACAUCCCCCGCGCGCUCCCCGCCGCGGCUAGACGACCUCGACGACAUGGAGAUGGCCGCGGAUCUCAGACUGGACACGUACUACCUUCCGCCGAUCGGGAGGACGAGGCCGGAGGAGCUGCCGUCACCCUCCUCCUCCGGCGUCCUGAUCACUUACGACGGUAAAAGGUUGAGGGACUCCACCGGCUUGGCCAGGUCCAUCACCGACAUCGAGCAUCGUGGCAAGGAUCGACUGACCUCGGACAUCCUUAGCAGAACGCCGCAGUUCGGUAAGUUCCAGGGCGAGCUGCCGCCACUGAUCCCCGGAGAGAUGCGGGAAAACAACUCAAUCCCACUCGCGUACGGGAAGAAGAACCGUCUGCCGAAUGUCGAUCCGUCGUCGCGCGAGCUGCCGUCGAAGACGAGUACGAGGCUGAAGCUGGUGGAAAGAUCGAAGAGAUCGCCGCUGGACGAUCGGACGAUGUCCAGCGUGGACUUUCAGCGCGGCGACGACCGCGGACGACGAGAACGCGAGCGGAUCGAGUCGGUCAACGGUGGGACAACGUGCCUUGGCAACCUCGGAUGGGUCGCGAUCCUGAUCGCGAUCGCAGCCCGCCUAAUCUGAGAGGUCAGGCCUCGUUUUUAUCUCCGACGAAGGCACGCCGUAUAUCCUCGACGGAGCGCCGGAAGAGAUCCGAAGACGUUGAUCGUCUUGAACGCGGCUCGCGCGAUACAAGAUCGUUCGGAAAUAAUAGACGAUAUAUUCUCCAACUGCGUUAACACCGGGAAAGGCAUUACUAACCACUGAGAAAACCGCUGGUUUCCUAUACGGUAGUACAAUCCGCCUGUCAAGCUCGCGUCUCGCGUCUUGUACCUCGAUCCGCACCCUCGCUCAUGUUCUUUGCGUAGCGAUCAUUAGCCGCCAAAACGCAAUUACCUUUUUUUUAUUAUUUCUAGAUUUUUGCAAGACUCUGUUAGAUGCUGUAUUGUUUGGAAAAGAAGUAGAAUUUUAUGUAUUAAUCA